UUUGCAUUGAGGGAUAUUCUCUAUUUAUUUGCACUUUUAAAAAUGAUGAUUUUUUAAUGCUUUUAUUGUCAUGAUUUACAUUUUUGGCACACUUGGUUUGCACUAACACAUCAGUAACUUAUGCCAUUGGAAGUGACUUUUCAUAGGCCAGAAGACUGCAAAACAGGAAUAAAAUGUCUCAUUACUCAACCAACAUCUGAUUACGAUUACUGUUUGGUAGGGACAUUGAUAUUUUAUAAUAAAUAUUAUUUAAAUACACACAUUACUGUUUUUCAUUGACUUUUGUCAUCUUUUUAUUGCCAACAGACUUGCAUUCAGUGCCCAUUGCCCUCUAGCGGCCGUCUGCGUAAGUGCACCACCCUUCUAACACAACAAUGGAGGAAAGUUUAUCACGUGAGAAAGUGUCGUCAAAUGCUUUGCAUGAGAGUCCCACAGGCUCUCACCAUGACGACAACCUUUUUAACAACUGCUCAUCAAAAACAAGACGUGCUAUUUAUUUUGUUUUGGCUCGGGGGAGAAGAAAACACACGUCAACUUUUGCUGUCACUGUGACAUCCUAUAGCCCGUGAAUGCAACAUCAUGUCGUCUCGUUAUAAUAAUAAUUAAAAUUUUAAAAAAAACACACAUCUUUAUUGUUAUUCACACCGUAUGUACCAAUCCACACCCGAAUCCGAAAUAAAAUAUGAUAUUUUUGUAUUCUUUGGUGUUUACUAAACGUGUUGUUGCCCUCGUGACGUCACCUUCCUCCUGCAGUAAGUGGCCUUGACGUGUGGGUGACUAAAAAGCAAAAUAAAGUUCGGAUUCACUGACGCGUACACACAUUUAUUACUUUUUUUAAAUUUAUUUCUAAAAUAGAGUUUUGGACAAUAUUGCUAACAAAAUGAAUGUCAACAAGUGUGUUGAUUUUGCAUCAUCUGGCAUCCUCUCAGUUGCAGACCACCCAGCAAAAAGCACCUGCAGGGCGAGGAACCCAAAGUGCGCCGCCAUCAAAAAUGGAGCAAUACCCACCAAGAGGUGCUAUGACCCCAUUGUCCUAAAUACUGGCGGCUCCAGAGCGGUAGCCGCAGAAGCUGUGCCCACCAAAAGGACCAAACAAGAGACCCUCUUGUCCAACAGAAGGGUCACGUCUACCAAGGGGUCCAUGAAGGCGUCUCGGAGAACCAAACGCAAGAGCAGAAGAAAAAUGGACAGCCUUAAAAAAAAAAAGAGGGUCAAAUCUACAAAAAACCCAAAACCGGACGCCCUGCUAAAGAAUGUCACCAAGACCCUGCCUGUGAAAGUCGGACCUGCACGGGGCACCAAGAGGAAGGCUGACACCAAGCUCGUGACCCUCACAAAAAAGCAGAGGGUGUCCGUAAAGGUGGUGCCGGCUAAACUGAAAACCAGACCGCAGAUGAGGAAACCCAAAGUCAAGCCAGAGACCCUCAUGCGCAGGCGAAAGGGUAAAUCCAAACUACAGUCGCUGACGAGGAGACGAGGCGGCAAAGACAAACCGAAGAGGAGACAUAGAGGAAAAACCAAUGAGUGGUCCAGGAGGACCAGACCCAGACGGAGGGCUGAUAAGAGACCAGAGACUUUGACGAGGAGGCAGUGGGUCAAAGCCACGCAGAUGUCCAUGGUCCAACAGGCCCAGAGGCGUCUCCUGGCCACCACCAGUCAAGCCUCGUUUGAGCAAAAGUAUCAGCAGCUGGAGAAGAUCGGUGAAGGAGGCUUCGGCUCCGUCUAUGCAGGAUACCGGAAAAAUGAUUCUUUUGCCGUGGCCAUCAAACACAUCCCCAAAGAUGAAGUCAAGAUAAUCCCACUGAACAUCAAUGGCAGAAAGCAGGACGUCCCACUGGAGGCGCUGCUCAUGCUUCAGGCUUCUUCCAUAAAGAACGCGGACGGCAAGUCGGCCGUGGUGUCCCUGCUGGACAAGUACGACCUGGGGCAGGAGCUGGUGCUGGUCAUGGAGAAGCCGGUGCGGUCGGUGGACAUGUUCACGUACAUCACCAGGUGUCGCCUCGGACACCUCAAGGAACACGAGGCAAAGAACAUCAUGAAGCAGCUGGUGGACGCCGCCAUCAAAAUGCACGCCGUCAACGUUUUCCACCGCGACCUCAAACCGGGGAACAUUCUCCUGGAGGCCACCUACGGCGUCCCUCGAGUGCGCGUCAUCGACUUUGGCUGCAGCUGCUUCGUGACGGAGGAACCUUACUACGACUACACGGGGACUCUCUCUUACGCGCCCCCAGAGUUUGUCCUGAGGGGGGCGUACAGGGCCGGACCCACCACGGUGUGGCACCUGGGCGCCAUGCUCUUUGAGCUACUGGCUGGCACCAAACAGUUUGACACGCUCCUCUUCAUCUCGCAGAUGCUCGGACUGAACCGUGUUCUAUCCCAAGAUUGCAGAGACUUCUUGCAGCUGUGCCUCAAUUCCGAUCCGGAUCAGCGCGCCACUCUGGUGCAGAUACACCAGCACCCGUGGCUCCUCUAAAUAGCCCUGAACUUAGCAGCAUAUUGGAACUGCAUUUUGGAAGCUGAAUAUGUACACACAAAAAAAUAAGUUGUCAAAGUGCAAUCUUAUGAAAACAGUUUGUGUAAAAGUGACAGUGCCCCCUACUGGCCUGGCAUGCAAGCUACAGUGUUUUCACUCCUUUUUGUAGCUUUUAUUUUGUUGUUUUUAUCAGUUUGAAUUUAAAAACGAUCUCAACUGA